UUUACUACACUGACCCUGCUGCUGGGGACAACAAAGUUGAUUUGACAUGAUGCUCGCUGCACCUGGCCCUGGAAUUGUCGUAUUAUUUGCUUGGCUCUCUCCAAGUUACGCUCUCUAUUUUCACAUUGGAGAGACGGAGAAAAAAUGCUUUAUAGAGGAAAUUCCAGAUGAGACUAUGGUUAUUGGGAAAUACAGGACUCAGCUGUGGGACAAGCAGACGGGAUCCUUCCUCCCAGCCACCCCUGGCCUUGGAAUGCAUGUGGAGAUCAAGGAUUCGGAUACUAAGAUAAUCCUGUCUCGUCAGUAUGGGUCAGAUGGACGGUUCACCUUUACGUCCCAUACACCAGGCGCGCAUCAGAUCUGCCUGCACUCCAACUCCACCAAGAUGGCCCUCUUCGCUGGCGGCAAACUGAGAGUCCACCUGGAUAUUCAGGUUGGUGAACAUACCAACAACUACCCCGAAAUCGCAGCAAAAGACAAGCUCACAGAGCUGCAAUUAAGAGCUCGACAAUUACUGGACCAAGUAGAACAAAUCCAGAAAGAGCAAAACUAUCAGCAGUAUCGUGAGGAGCGGUUCCGCAUGACGAGUGAGAGCACUAACCAGCGUGUGCUUUGGUGGUCUAUAGCUCAGACACUUAUCCUCCUCACCACUGGCAUCUGGCAGAUGAAGCACCUCAAGAGCUUCUUUGAGGCCAAGAAGUUGGUGUAAUGCCCACAGUACAUCACUGAUUGAGUUCCAAGACAGGAGUUACACCCAUACGGAGCGAACUGGUAGAGAGAGAUGCUGUUGUGACUAGUAGAGAUGCUUAAACCUGGGAAGCAAAUUAAUUGAGAACAUUCAGUGUGUUAUGUAUUGUCCAUUAUGAAUUAUUCUGAUCAGUAAGCAAGCACCUUACUGUGUCCAUUUCCUUGUAUUUUUUCUCCAACCUUUGUUUUAUAUCAACUUUGUUGGACUGCACAAAAGGAGUGGCAAAUGUAACUUUCAAUUUUGUUUCACUUUGCAUUAAGCAGUCACAGAUCUGGACUAUAAUUUUGUAGAUUUGUCUUUCUGCAUACUGUAUACUUUUGGUGUAAACACUUCUAUUUGGAGUAGAUUAUUGUGAUUUAGUCUAAAAAUGAUUAUAGCAGAGCUAAUAAUAGUUUUAGCUCAAUGACUAACCUGUUCACUCCAAAACACCAGUUCACAAACAGAAUGGCAUGCACGUUCUUAACUUCUGUUGAAGAGCAAUAUCAUUCCAGGAAACAGGGUAUUAUUGAUUUUUAGAGGAUGGUCCAAGCAGCACCGUUUUUUUUCAAAGACCAACAUGUUUGAAUCAGGUGCAGAUUACAUUUGAAUGUUAUGUAAUGAAGGUCUAUGAUAAAAUACCCUAGAGUUAUUCAAAACUGAUCUAGGUUAAGAUCUAGAUAUCAGUAAGAUGUGAAUACAAUAUUUCGAUGACAAUACAGUAGUAUGAUGAGGUAUACAUUCACAAGGUUUUUACUUUUGGUUGGCUGUCAUUUCAAUGUAUGCAAUAACAAUGGAAAAAGUAAAUGAUUCUCAUGUG